CGGGCUGCGCUGCCGCUGCUGACGCGUGGCCGCCGCCGCGCCGGGAGCAGCCCCGCGCCCGCCGCCGCCGCUCCACGGCCGAGGAACCUCCGCGCCGCUCCGGCCCCGCUGCCUGCGCUGUCCUCCCCGCAGCGGGGAGCUGAGGAAUAACCAACCAUGACUACAGAAUCGGGAUCAGACUCCGAGUCCAAGGAUAAAGAGCAGGAUCAAGAGGAGAGCCCUGCGCAGGAAGGGGCGGCAGAGACCCAGCCGCAGGAGCAGCAGGAGCAGCAGCAGCCGCAGCAGCAGCCGCCGAGUGAAGAGCAGCAAACCGCGCUCGAGCAGUUCUCGGCUGUGGCAGCGCACAGCACGCCAGUGAGAAAGGAGCAGGCCACAGAGAAAGAACAGGAGUUUGCUGCUGCAAGUGCAAAACAGCUGGAAUAUCAGCAGCUAGAGGACGACAAGCUCUCUCAAAAAUCUUCAUCUAGCAAACUUUCCAAGUCUCCUCUAAAGAUUGUCAAGAAACCGAAAAAUAUGCAAUGCAAAGUGACGCUCCUGGAUGGAUCAGAAUAUGCGUGUGAAGUAGAGAAACGUUCCAGAGGUCAAGUGCUGUUUGACAAAGUGUGCGAGCAUCUGAACCUUUUGGAAAAAGACUACUUUGGGCUAACAUACAGAGAUACAGAAAACCAAAAGAAUUGGUUGGACCCUGCCAAGGAAAUCAAGAAGCAGAUCCGAAGUGGUGCUUGGCAGUUUGCAUUUAAUGUGAAAUUCUACCCUCCAGACCCUGCCCAGCUAUCAGAAGACAUUACCAGGUACUACCUCUGCUUGCAGCUGAGAGAUGACAUCGUUUCGGGUCGGCUGCCCUGCUCGUUCGUCACGCUGGCCCUGCUGGGCUCCUACACCGUGCAGUCGGAGCUCGGUGACUACGACCCAGACGAGUACGGCAGCGACUACAUCAGCGAAUUCCGCUUCGCGCCAAACCACACUAAAGAGCUGGAGGACAAAGUGAUCGAGCUGCACAAGAGCCACAGGGGAAUGACACCUGCAGAAGCUGAGAUGCAUUUCUUGGAGAAUGCCAAAAAACUAUCAAUGUAUGGAGUAGAUCUCCAUCAUGCCAAGGAUUCUGAAGGAGUGGAAAUCAUGCUAGGAGUCUGUGCAAGUGGACUCUUAAUAUAUCGAGACAGGCUCAGAAUAAACAGAUUUGCCUGGCCAAAGGUUUUGAAAAUUUCCUACAAGAGAAACAACUUCUACAUCAAAAUCCGACCAGGGGAGUUUGAGCAGUUUGAAAGCACUAUUGGGUUUAAGUUGCCAAAUCAUCGUGCUGCAAAGCGCUUAUGGAAAGUGUGUGUUGAACACCAUACAUUUUUCAGGCUCCUGCUGCCAGAAGCACCUCCAAAGAAGUUCCUCACAUUGGGCUCCAAGUUUCGCUACAGCGGCCGGACACAGGCCCAGACAAGAAGAGCCAGUGCCCUCAUAGACCGUCCUGCACCUUACUUUGAGCGCUCCUCUAGUAAACGUUACACCAUGUCUCGCAGCUUAGAUGGGGCAUCAGUGAAUGAAAACCAUGAAAUGUACAUGAAGGAUUCUGUGUCUGCUGCAGAGGUUGGUACUGGCCAGUACGCCACAACAAAGGGCAUCUCUCAGACCAACUUGAUAACCACUGUGACUCCAGAGAAAAAGACAGAAGAGGACAAAGUUGAUGAAGAGGGCAAAAAGAAGAGAGCAGAGGAAGUCACCCCGAUUUCAGCAAUACGCCAUGACACCAAGAAUAGUCUGAUUAAGCGAAUACAGGGUGAAAAUGUGUAUGUCAAACAUAGUAAUCUUAUGUUAGAGGAUCUAGACAAAACCCAGGAAGAUCUGAUGAAACAUCAGACCAAUAUAAGCGAGUUGAAACGCACCUUCUUGGAAACCUCCACAGAAACGACUGUGUCUAAUGAGUGGGAGAAGAGGCUUUCCACAUCUCCCGUUCGGCUUGCAGCAAGGCAGGAGGAUGCUCCUAUGAUUGAACCACUAGUGCCUGAAGAGACCAAAGAAGAAACAGAAAAAUCAGAAAAACUCAUAUUUUUGCAGAAGGGAGGUACUACAUUCCUUGAAAUGCAGCCAAGUGUGAUAGAGAAGAAGCUGCAGGAAGGAGAAUCUGCUGGCACUUUGGUUACUUCUCAUCAAAUCAUUAUCCAGAAAAGUAUCCCAUCAUCCCUAGAGGGCACUGAGGAUUGGGUUAUUAUAGACAAAAUACCCUCUGAGGUAGUUGAUGGUGAAUCGGAAAAAAAUCUGGCAUACAAAGUAGUGACUGUGAGCAGUAAAGCUGCCUUUCCACCUGAGAUAUUAAAAUCCAGUACCGUUCUAAUGCAGAGCUUUGAGGACUUGGAAAGUGAAAUACAAUCCAAUGAGGAGAAUAAGCAGAAAAUGUUCACCCUAGGAAAGUCCUAUGAUACCGUAUCUGGGAAAAUUGUAACCAUGACAAGUAAAGCUAAAGAGAGCGAGAAAGCAGUACAGCCUUCAGUAGAAACUUUGCAAAAAAUGGAAAGGCAAGUGCAAGAAUCUGUGAAAAUCGUUCCAAUAGUGGCCAAGUAUGAAAUCCUCAAGCCUGUCGCUGAUGAGAAUGCCAGGCGGGGAUCCGAUGUGCAGAGCACAAGAAGGAAGCUGUCUGACUCUCUGACACCCAUAAAGGAAGCAGAAUCUCAGUUGCAAAGUCCUGAAGAGGAGAGUUUGAAAAAAACACUGAGGAUGGACCAGGAUUUGCAGUUACUUGGUACACUGGAAAGCUUACAGCUUGGCAAAGCAGAAAAGCAUCUUGGCGGAGAAGCUGUAAAAGCAGGGGCGUUUGCCCGGACAGAUAAGAGCCUGUCUGAGUGGAGAUAUUCCAGAGAACAGCCAUUUACCAUUGCUACUGCUCACUAUGUUACUGAGUCGUCUGCAUCAAAAGUAGUGACUAAACAGUCCACCACUGAAAAAACCUUGGAUGGUUCAGAUAUCUUCACUUUAAUAGAGUCCGCCAGAAAACCGACUGAGUUCAUAGGAGGGGUUACUUCUUCUUCCCAUAGCUGGGCUCAGAGAAUAGACACGACAACGUCUCAGGAAAUAACUUCCAGUGACACGAAGCAAGCAGUUCAGCCGGAUCAGGAUACAGUGCAGAAGGUUGUACAGGAGACUGUAGUUGUCAAGGAGAGACAUGGGAUGGAGGUGCAUGCAGGCGGGGAUCCUGCUAAAAUGGCCGGACUUACGCUGGAUGCCCAGGCUGAGGCAGCAUCGGCGGUGGCUGCUGGCGUGAAAGGGAAGGAGGGCUCUGCUGGGACUGAGGGGGCGAAGGAGGAAAAAAGGGAGGAGGCUGGGAAAGCCCUGACCAAACAGGAAGGAGCCGCUGCCACUGCUUCGUGUGAGCAGGUGGAGGAGCACAGAACAACAGUCCAGCUUUCAGAGUCUUUGGAAAGAAAACCUCAUUUUGAGUCACCAGUUGUGAAGACUGAGACUAUAAGUUUCAGCAGUAUUCCCGCUGGUGGGGAAACCCUUGAAAUUUCAACAAAGGAAGUGCCAGUAGUCCAUACAGAAACAAAAACCAUUACAUAUGAGUCUUCUCAGGUGGAUUGCGGUGCUGACUCUGAACCAGGUGUAUUGAUGAGUGCACAAACUAUCACAUCUGAAACCACCAGCACUACAACUACUACACAUAUCACCAAAACUGUGAAAGGAGGCAUCUCAGAGACAAGAAUUGAAAAACGAAUAGUCAUCACAGGAGAUGCAGAUAUUGAUCAUGAUCAGGCGCUGGCUCAGGCAAUUAAAGAAGCCAAAGAGCAGCACCCUGACAUGUCAGUGACCAAAGUAGUGGUACAUAAAGAGACAGAAAUCACACCAGAAGAUGGGGAGGAUUGACCACAGGAAUAACCUAGAAAUGCAUAUGAAUCCAGACAUGCAUACCAGUAGGAAUACGAGAGCCUAUACGGAGUCUCAGUUCCAACCUGACUGACUUGUAUCUGUCUAUGGAAAAUUUCAGUACAGAAGAAUUGAUCUUGACCGUUAAUAAAGAAACUGGCAGAGAUACCUUCCCAUAGAAAGCAAUCUGAAUCAGCAGCAGUUAAACAAUAUUGCAUGAAGCAACAAUAAAAUUACAGAAAAGCAGCAUUUUUAAUUUUCUUAAAAUGUCUAAGUUUUCAGCUUUACCUGCACGUUCAUAAACAAUAUAAACAGUGAUCUCAUGUAACACAUAAACAGUUCAUGCCUUUCACAGUUUCUGAAAGUCUAAACAAAUUAAAAUUUGUUAGGUGGCAAGCCUUUUGUUUACAGAUACUGUAAAUGAAGAUUACCCCCAAAAUGCUAGAAGCUGUAUAGGUACUGUGUAUAAUGUUUUACCACACAUUAGAUGUGCCAAUAACACAGUUUAUUCAGUAAACAACUUGAAUCUUA